ACUAGCUAGCUGGAACCUUUCGCUGAUUGAGUUAUAAACUUGUGUUUUUGCAAUUUGCCAAUAUAAAUUGCAAUGUUCCAGCGACUAAAAUAACGAAGAUUCGAAAUGGAAGUAGAACAGACGUCGAUAAGAUCGGACACGAACUCCACCAGCGAGUACUUGGACGCAGAGGGUGAUCCGGAUGCGAACGAACCGGAGACGAGUCUCUAUCAGGAGGCGGAUUUCGAACAGGAGGCCGAGCAGCAGAAUCAUAGUAUUAUCUCCGAGCUGAGGGAUGGUCUGGAUGCCACACGGGACACCAGUGCCCUCAGUCCAGAGCCAGGACAACAUACAAAGGGACUGGCUGCGUCCGCGGAGUCCCUGGCACUGAGCACCUCCACGAGCGCCAAAACCGAGGACUCCAUUAGCGGAUUGGAGGAGGAGUACGACUAUCAGCAUGACAGUUUGUGGCGGGGCCAAAAGAAGCACAUCUUCAUCCUCAGCGAGGCGGGCAAACCCAUAUUCUCGCUCCACGGCAAUGAGGACAAGCUGGCCACGCUAUUUGGUGUCAUCCAGGCACUUGUAAGCUUCGUCCAACUGGGCCAGGAUGCCAUCACGUCCAUUCAUGCGGCAGGCAUCAAGUUCGCCUUCAUGCAGCGCAGCUCACUCAUCCUGGUGGCCGCCACCAGGAGCAAAAUGAGUGUCCAGCAGCUACAACUGCAACUGGGGGAUGUCUACAAUCAAAUACUGUCCAUCUUGACGUACUCACACAUGACGAAGAUCUUCGAGAAGCGCAAAAACUUCGAUUUGAGGAGACUGCUCUCGGGCAGCGAACGAUUGUUUUACAACCUGCUGGCCAAUGAUAGCAGUAGUGCCAAGGUGUCGAAUAACAUCUUCACUUUUCUGACCAACUCCAUACUCGUCUUCCCAUUGCCCACAGCGAUACGAUCGCAAAUCACCAGCGCCAUUCAGAGCAACUGCUCGAAGAUCAAGAACCUGGUGUUUGCAGUGCUGAUAGCCAAUAACAAACUCAUAGCACUGGUGCGCAUGAAGAAGUACUCCAUACAUCCGGCUGAUCUGCGAAUGAUCUUCAACCUGAUCGAGUGCUCCGAGUCGUUUAAGAGCUCCGAGAACUGGUCACCCAUCUGCCUGCCCAAGUUCGAUAUGAAUGGAUAUCUGCACGCGCAUGUUUCGUAUCUGGCAAAUGAUUGCCAAGCCUGUUUGCUGCUGCUAUCCGUGGACAGGGACGCCUUCUUCACGCUGGCAGAGGCCAAGGCGAAGAUAACGGAAAAGCUGCGGAAAAACCAUUGCUUGGAGGCCAUCAACGAGGAGCUGAAGCAGCCGUUUAAUUCGAAACUCUACCAACAGGUUGUGGGAAUUCCCGAACUGCGACACUUUCUGUACAAGCCGAAGAGUACGGCGCAACUGCUGUGCCCCACGCUUAGGCAUCCGUACAAGUCCCUCGUGGAGCUGGAGCGCCUGGAGGCCAUCUACUGCGACCUGUUGCACCGCAUCCACAACGGAUCACGGCCACUGAAGCUCAUCUACGAGGUGAAGGAGCGCGAAGUGGUGUUGGCCUGGGCCACCGGAACCUACGAACUGUACGCCGUUUUCGAACCGGUCGUGGACAAGGCCACCGUGAUCAAGUACGUGGACAAGCUGAUCAAGUGGAUCGAGAAGGAGUACGAUGUGUACUUUAUACGAAACCAUGCCACAUUCUAAGCGAGCUGUAGUGAGCAUUUCUAGGGAAUUGUGAGAUAUAUGACUAUUUUUAUAUUGCUCUUCUGCCAACCAAUCCAGGACAAAGUUGUUGUGCUGCAGUUGUGACGGCGUCUAUUUAACUGAUCCUUGUAUACCAUAAUUACGCAUGUACAUUUGUAAUUUAAAGCUCUAAGUAAAUUCUAAAAACUUA